CCUCUCUGAUGUUACCAAGUGUAGUGCCUUCCUUCUUCAACCGAAUGACUGCACGUUUCUCAUUGUCAACUCAUUGUUCAUUAUGUCUUCGGAUGGUCGGACCGGACAUACGUGAGAAUUUGCCACGCAUACGACGGAUCCAAGCGGGGUCCGACUCUGGUUUUCAACAAAAGGCUUGAUAGUGGCGCGUCCUUCUUGCUCUCUUAUUACCACCCAACAACUAGCCUUUUCUUAUAUUUUUCUAAAUCUCUUGCACGAUGUCGGGCUCAGCAGGGCCAAGCAUUAACAACACUGUACCGAGCUCCCAUCUGUCUCUGGUUCCGCCACCACAAUCGCUGGCUCAGGAUUGUCCCAUCCUUAUUUGGAUGUUGUCGCUCAAUCGCGAGUAUACUGCUGAAGAAUACGAGUCUUGCUAUACUUUCUUAAAGGAUUAUACUGAUCACGUUGAAUUGGGACCCUACAAUCCAGAAGAUGCGGACUCUUUCCGGCACCUCAUUACACAGCUAUUACCUGUACUCAUGAUGAGACAUAGGCGAAUACCACGAUCCAAGUGGCGAGACCAGGUCACACAGAACGGGAAGCAUUGGAUAGAACAGCUCCCAGAUGACAUGCCUCCAGAGAAAUUCUUAUACUCUAUGAUCGGAUACCACAUUGAAUGCGGGCCUUCUUUGUGCGGAAUCGCAAUGACUCAGGGACCACAGAAACGAGUAGUCAAUAUCGGCCUUGGCAUCAAGCAACUAACUGUAGAGCCUAGAGGUAUCUCUGUCGCCGUGUACUUGGAGUCUUUGUCGCACAAGCUGACGCCGAAUGAGAUGGCCCUGAUUCCACUUGACGAAGGAGAUGAGACUGCCUUACGGCGCCUAACCAUUAUCUUGGCGCUCAAGGAAGCGUAUAUACAUGCUAUCGGACAACCUAUUGGCUUUGAUUAUUCUAGGCUCGAAUUCAACGUUCCGGAGAGCAAAGCCUGGGGCGACGGACAUCCACUACAGGGAUGGGAGUUCCGUAUAUGGAGCGCGGCACUUGGUGUGGCGCGGGGUGAUCGCCUGGUAGAGGAGCAGUACCAAUGUGUCUGCGCGUUCUUCCGCGGGACGAAAGAGUCGACAUUUCUAUGGAAGGACGAGAGAAAGGCGUUGGAUACGUGGGUGCAGUUUAUUAACAUUGACCAGAUGAUCAAGGUCAUUCCCAAACUGAUGGCUUGAGACGAAAAGCCAUGAACGAACUCUUUAAGGAAUUUGUAGCUGACUUGUAUCUAUAAAGUAUAUCGUGCGGCAUACCCUCGACUGUCGAUUUUUAUACUGUGGAAGUUGUGUAUAACAUCACUUACGUGCCUACUUAAUCGUUGUAUAUAACGUUCUAGUCUAUGAUUUGUUGAAUACCUUGUUACGGAGCAAACCGCGAUAUUAUGAAUCUAAUAUUAGUUCGAAUCCAGCACAUAACUCUGUUGAUUAUUCAUGGUACCAAACUGAUGAUCACUAAGUUUUGUUCAAUGAUUGAAACUUUGAAAUAGC